GUGAGCAGGUUGGAGUAUCACUCCACAUUGCUAAGACAUUUACUUAUUUGUGCGGACAUCUAGAGGGCGAUAGUAUCUAAAGGAGCAGUGUGGGUGUCUUUGACACAGAGAAGGAGAAAUGGCAGGGGAGCUCGUGGUUGGGAUGCUCUAUAACUUAUUACUACCACUGAUCCUGCUGAUUGCUUCUUCAUUCCGCUACAAUGGUCUGUCAGUGGUGUAUUUCCUGUUUUUGCUCACCUUGCCGCUGCUGCCAAAUCCCAGCCUGGUCACCAUGAAAGGUAAAACAGGUCAGUUCUUGCGGCUGAUCACCUAUACUAGUUUGACCCUCCUGACCCUGCAGUGCUUCAUGCAGAUCCCCUUCGCCUACAUCCCUUCGCAUGUUAGCGGCCACUGGGAAGAUUUCCUCUACCAUUUGGGCAUUGUGAGAUUCAGCUCGGUUGACCCUGGGAACGUUGUGCGUCUCCUAGCCCCAGAUGUAGUCCUCUUCUUCUCUUCCCUCUUCGUACUGAGGCUGUGCAAAAACUUACUGCGCCCUAUGCCCCAAGUCAGUCUGCACGAAAACGGAAUACCGCUGUCUGACCCUGAGGAAGUGGAAACCUCUGAAACAGAGUCUGAGGGAGGAAGUGACACAGAGAGCUCGUCCUUUGACAGCUCAGAUGAGACUACGGUGCCAGUUCAGUCGGCCCCCCCCGAGUUUGUCCAGAAGCUGAUAGUGUUUGCAGCCGGACUGAGGCUGCUGCUGUCAGCAAUCAUGAACACAGCAGGGAAAGUUGUGGUGACUUUACUGCUGGGGCUAGCAGGUAUCACGCUGCCCUCCCUCACCUCAGGUGUAUAUUUUGGGGUGUUUCUCGGGCUGGUUUGGUGGUGGGUGUUCAGCCGCUCCAUCAGCCUGCUACUCUUCAGCUCCUUGUGUGUGAUGAUGGCCAUCUUCAGUGGAGGACACCUGCUGGCUCUAUACCUCUACCAGCUGCCCCUGUCCCAGCAGCUUGUGCCACCAGAAGAUGUCUACGCCAGGUUGUUUGGUAUGACAGGAGUGAUCAGAACCAACAGUUCAGACCAGCACACUCUUGGUCUGCACCCACAUGUCAGCUGGCCUGACUUCAUCAACCCUUUGGUUCUACUACUUCUCUACUACACACUGGUGGCUCUACUGCACAAAUGGGUCCACAUCACAGAGGAGGAUACUGUUGAUGGUGAGGAGUCUGAAAGUCCAGCAGAAAGUCCAGAGGCUCCUCCAAGCUUCUCCAGGGUCAUCUACAUCUCAGGAGAUAAGCAGGAGCUUUUAAGCAGCACAGAUGAUGAAACCUAUCUACCCGAUGAGCCAGUUAUUUUAAUGACGGGGAGUUCCUGGCAAGAUGUCCAUAGAAACGAUCUGGGAUCUCUGUUAGGAGGAGCAGGGUAUACAAACUGUUACCCUCCACCACACUAUGACGGCAAAGACUCACCAUCACAUGAGAAAGAAGGUGAGGGGGAAAUGAGGGAAGAAAGUGAAGAGGAUCUGAGGACUCCAACAGAGGCUCCCCCCUCAGGUCCGAGUGGCCUGGUCAUCUUUGGACGGCUGGUGCAAAAACACAGCUAUGUCAGCGCCCUUAUCAUCAUGAUGGUGUGGAGUAUCACCUACAACAACUGGCUGACGUUUGCCCUGCUGGUGUGGUCUUGUAUAAUUUGGAUGAUGCGAGACCGACGCCGCUACGCCAUGAUGUCCGCCCCUUUUCUGGCUAUCUAUGGCACCGUUCUGGUGGUGCUGGGCUUCCUGAGCGGGCUGCGUCUGAGCCGGGCCGAGCUGUACCCCGGUCUCCCCCCGGCUGUGAUAGUGGACUUCGACCUCAACAGCUAUCACCCUGCGCCCUGUGUCCACCUGGGAGCAAAGGUCUUCUACAGCUUCAGCUUUUGGUUGAUGUUUCGUCAGCAGCUAAAGGAGAGACAGGAGGAGCAGAGCUUAAAGGAGGAAUCUCUAGAUGAAGUCAAAGUCGUGCCACCGGAGGAAAGUCAGCCAUCACCUCUGGUAUCGAUGCUGAUCUCAGGAGUGAAAGGGAUGCUGGUGAAAUACUGGAUCCUCUUCUGCUGCUCCAUGUUCUUUGUGGUCAGCUUCUCUGGAAAGGUGGUCGUCUACAAGAUCCUCUACAUUGUCCUCUUCCUCUUCUGUGUUGUCCUCUACCAGAUCCGUUACAACAUGUGGCGUCGGCUCCUGAAGACGUUCUGGGCGGUGGUGGUCGGUUACUCCAUGGUAGUGUUGAUAGCCAUCUACAUGUACCAGUUCAGAAGUGUGUCUGGGCUGUUCAGACAGAUCAUGGGCAUGUCGGAGGAAGGUCUUCGUGACCUGGGUUUGGAACGGUAUGACACAGUGGAGCUGUUUGCACGUAUCCUGCUUCCUGCUGCGUUCCUACUGGCUUGUAUCCUCCAGCUGCACUACUUCAACUCAGAUUUCCUGACUCUCACUGACCUUGACAACGUACCUGCCAGACAGACUUCCAGAGAGGAAGAGCUCAGGAGUUCAGUCAAUGUGAUAUCUGAGACCAUUAAAGAAAACAUUGAAAAGUUCCAGAAAAGGCUUGUGAAGGAGAAAAUGGGAAAUGGGAAAAGUCAGGAGACUCUGGACAGCAUGCGACUACAAAUCUCCACAGAGAAAGACGCUGAGGAGCAGGAGGUGACGACAGGAGAGGAGUCUGUCCACAGCAGUCAUGAGGACAAGUGGGUUGUGAUUGUUGACAGGGCGAGCCUGCUGCUCAUUCAGGCUCUGUCAGGACUCCACAAGCUCCAGGAGCAGAGCUGGAGACUGCUGGAGCUCCACAGCCUCAAAAUCGUGUCCUCCGGCAUCAUCUGGGUGUCACUGCAAGAGGUUUCUCUGAUGAACUUCCUCUUCCUGGUUCUGUGGGUGUUUGCACUCCCGUUCCCACGGUUACGACCUUUGGCAUCCAGCAUCUCUGCUGUUUGGGCCUGCGUCAUGGUGGUGUGCAAGAUGUUUUACCAGCUCAAAGUCAUCAAACCCUUUGAUUACUCCUCCAACUGCACAGCUGGCCUGGUGCCGUCCAACAGCUCGGGCCUGGAUGAUGGAGCAAAGCUGAGGGGGAACAUGAUGGAGCUGCUCGGGAGGUCUAUUCUCUACAUCGAGCCUGUAGACCCUGUCUACUGGUGUGGAGCUUUGCGUAAAUGUGAGGGCAGGAUCCUCCCCUGUCUCAGGAACCAUCUGAUGGUCCUGGGGUUGCUGGUGUUCGAGGCGACGGUCCAUCGGCACCAGCUCUACUUCCGUCUCCAUAACGACCUGAAGGCCCCGCCCUUCAGCAUCAUCUUCCAGGGCAUCACGAGGCAACACCUGGAUCACGGCAUCCUGCCCUGCAUCAAGUACUUCAUCAACUUCUGCUUCUACAAAUUUGGACUGGAGAUCAGUUUAAUCGUGGCGGUCAACGUGAUUGGUCAGAGGAUGGAUUUCUAUGCCCUGCUCCAUUCCUGUGCCUUAAUGGCUGUCCUGUCACGGCGACGCAGGAAGGCUAUCGGGGAAGUGUGGCCUAAAUACUGCUGCUUUACUGCAGGGCUCAUGGUGCUGCAGUACCUGCUCUGCAUUGGCAUCCCUCCUGCUCUCUGUGUUGAUUACCCCUGGAGAACCGCAGUUCAACCUUUGACCUCUAAUGUUAUUAAGUGGUUUUACCUGCCUGACUUCGCCAUGAGACCCAAUCCUUCAUUCAUAUUCUAUGACCACCUCCUGUUGCUCUGCUCAUCUCUGCAGUGGCAGGUGUUUGAGGAGGAAAACCGAGCGGUGGUGCGACUGCUGGCUGGAGACAACGUUGAGAUCAGCCGUAGUCUGGAUCCUUGUUCCUUCAACCAGUUCAUACCUGUCGAUAACUUCCUUCACUGCAGGUGCUACCUCGACAUGGUAAAGGUGUUUGUGUUCAGCUAUUUCUUCUGGCUGGUGCUGUGCCUCAUCUUCAUCACCGGCACCACACGGAUCAACAUCUUCUGUCUGGGCUACCUAGUGGCCUGUUUCUAUUUCAUGUUGUUUGGAGGCAGCGUGUUGAUGCAGCCUGUCAGAUACAUCCUGCGACUGUGGGACUGGCUCAUCGGAUACACCUGCUUUGUGAUUGCAAUGAAGAACCUGCUGUCUCUCGGUUCUUGUGCCUACCUGGACAACCUGUUGAAGAACAGCUGCUGGUUAAUUCAGGCUUUCAGCAUGUUCUGCACCAUCAAAGGCUACGACAUCCCUGAUCCUGAUGAUGAAUGUGAGCUGCCGGAGGGUGAGGCUGGCAUCGUCUGGGAUGCGAUCUGUUUCACUGUCCUCCUGGCACAGAGGAGGGUCUUCCUCAGCUACUACUUCCUCUACGUGGUGUCUGACCUCAAGUCUUCUAAGAUACUGGCCUCCAGGGGAGCUGAGCUGUUUGAGGCCAAAGUGAAGAAGCUGAUAGCAGCCAGACUGGAGAUGGAGAAGAAAUCUGUGGAGACACUGAAGAAACAGAUGGAGAAGAUCAAAUCUAAACAGAAGAGUCGACCUGCAGCAGCAGACAAACCAGCUCUUCCUGCUGAUCAGGAGCAGGUGACAUUGGGUGAUGAUGAGAAGGCAAAGAGAGAUGCAGGAAAAUGGUGGAAGCCUUGGGUGUCUCAGCCUGGAGUGGAAAACAACUGUGGCUACCACCUGUUUGAGAGUGACAGCGAGGAGGAGGAGGAGGAUGUUACAGAGAAGAAAGAAGAGGAGGAACCACCAAAGAAGAAAUCUGCUUUCCAGUUGGCCUACAACGCCUGGGUCACCAGCUCUAAGAUGGCUCUGAAGGACCUGAAGAAGGAGAAGAAAAAAAUAAAGAAAGAGGAGAAGAAGAGAGCAAGGAGAGAGCUGCAGAGACAGCAGGGUAUCGAUAGAACAGACUCUAGCGAGGAUGAACUGGAUGAAAGCACUGUGGAGGAGGAGGGAGAGGAGGAAAAAGAAAACAUUCUGCAGCGUGUCAUUAACACCUUGAAGUUCAGCUGGGCGUUUGUUCAGUCCCUUCUUGACGACCUGACAGAGGGUCUGAACUCCUUCUGUAAAGACACCCUGGACAUUUCCAAGGUGCUGCGCUUCGAACGAGCGUUACUCAGCAAGCAGCAAAAGAAGGGAAAAGAGGUCAGCCAGGAGAGUGUGAAGCAGUUUUAUGAAAACUGGAUGUCCCGUCAGAACACACUUUCAUCUCAGGACGACCUAGAUGACUCCCCGCCCGCUGUCCCCUCCUCACACCAUGCCUAUGCCAAGCUGAAGAACCAAGCCUCCAAAGUGUCCUGGGGCAGCAGCGUUUCCAGCUGUAUGACAGAUGAGACGAUGCUCGUCUCCCGGCAGCCGACCCAAGAAGAGCUGGACGAGCCUCCCGCCGUGCCGCCUGCUGCUGACCAGCACAGACGGAGGCUCCUAAAAACAGCCAACAUUGACCUGACCUCUGUUGAGAUUGACGAACUUUUACCAAGCUGCGAAGAUGGCGCCCCUCAAAAGGUUGACCACGAACAAGAAGAAGAUAAUGAGGAGGACAUGGAGGGUGAGUCGAAAUGUGUGCAAGAACAAGAAGAGACAGAGGAAGAGGAAGAACAGGAACAACAAGAGGAGGAUCAUGAGGUGGAGAGAGAAGAGCUGAACGAGGAAACACAGCAGAGAGAAGAAGAUGAAUGCGCUGAUUACCCAGAAUGCACCUUGUUGGGCUUCAGGGAAAGUGAUGAAGAGAAAAGCCUUGACCUCACAGAAUCUCCCAGACCUCUGAGUCAGGAAAUGAGGAACCUCACUGCCAGUGAGCUGCUGCUUAACAAUAUGUUUGAAAAUGACGAGAUCUCAGAGUCCGAUAAGUUUUUCGUGACGUUGCCGAGGCCAGUGAAGCUGCUAUUUGCCCUCUAUAACGCCAUGGUGUCCAAGUCAGAGAUGCUGUGCUACUUUGUCAUCAUCCUCAACCACAUUGUUUCGGCUUCGUUCCUCUCCCUCAUCCUGCCGAUUCUCAUCUUCCUCUGGGCCAUGCUGUCUGUGCCUCGGCCGUCCAAACGCUUCUGGAUGACCGCCAUAAUCUACACAGAGCUGACUGUUGUGGUGAAGUACUUUUUCCAGUUUGGUUUCUUCCCCUGGACCACCUCUGCCUACCGAGGCAUCAACGCAGAGCGGCCCUUCGCCCUGCCAAACAUUAUUGGGGUGGAGAAGAAAGACGGCUACGUCCUCUUUGACCUCAUUCAGCUGCUCGCUCUGUUCUUUCACAGGUCAAUUCUCAAGUGCCAUGGGCUGUGGGACAACAAGGAGGUUGAGAUGCCUGAUUUUUUCAAGAAGCUGAAGAAGAAAGUGGACAAGAAGAAGAUGACAGGAGGAGAUAAGACGGGCAGCAAAGAGAAACCUCGCCGCCGGCUGAAGUUCCUCCCUCUCCAGGCCUCCACCACCUCCAUAUUCUGUAGACGAAAGAGAGACGACUCAGCAGAAUCUGAUGAGGUGAAGCCCAAGAAGCAGCACAGCAAGAAGAGACGGCAGCAACACAAGGCUCUGCUGACCAGGAAGCAGAGGAUCAGACAGCAGAUGAGAGAGAGGAUGCUACAGGCCAAAGCUGCCAUCAUAGAAGUCGCCCUUCACAUUUACUUACCCAUAAGACAGUUUUUCUAUGACAUCAUCCACCCAGACUACAGUCCUGUGUGUGACGUCUACGCCCUCAUGUUUCUCAUCGAUGUAGUCAACUUCAUCGUCACUAUAUAUGGAUACUGGGCUUUUGGCAAAUACUCUGCAGCAGCUGACAUCACAGAGUCUCUGUCGGAGGACCAGGUUCCAGAGGCCUUCCUGGUCAUGCUGCUGAUGCAGUUCGGUACCAUGAUAGUGGAUCGAGCCCUCUACCUGAAGAAGUCCCUGCUGGGAAAGUGUGUUUUCCAGGUGGUACUGGUGUUCGGCAUACACUUCUGGAUGUUCUUCAUCCUCCCUGGGGUCACAGAGAGGAGGUUCAACAGGAACCCUGUUGCUCAGCUCUGGUACUUUGUAAAGUGUAUCUACUUUGGCCUGUCUGCCUAUCAGAUCAAAUGUGGCUACCCAAACCGCAUCCUGGGCAACUUCCUCACCAAGAACUACAACUACCUGAACCUCUUCCUCUUCCAAGGGUUUCGUUUGGUUCCCUUCUUGACAGAGUUGAGGGCGGUGAUGGAUUGGGUUUGGACCAACACCACUCUGUCUCUCUCCAGUUGGAUUUGUGUUGAAGACAUCUAUGCUAACAUAUUUAUCCUCAAGUGCUGGAGGGAGUCCGAGAAAAAAUACCCCCACACUCCAGGGCAGAUGAAGAAGAAGGUGGUGAAAUACGGGAUGGGAGGAUUCAUCAUCUUCGCUCUCAUCAGCAUCAUCUGGUUCCCGCUCCUCUUCAUGUCACUGGUCCAGUCAGCAGCCGGAGUGACCAAUCAGCCGCUGGACGUCUCCAUCCAGCUCAGCAUUGCAGGAUAUGAGCCUCUGUUCACCAUGAGCGCCCAGGAGCAGAACUUGGUUCCGUAUACAGAAGCUAGAUUCAACCAACUCACCAAAGUCUAUGCAACCUAUCCAUCUGCUAUGCAGUUCAUAAUGAACUACGCGGCGGACGACAUUGUUGUUGCUAAGAUCAAGAGUGAUGCCAGUCUGAUGUGGAGCAUCAGCCCGGCCAGUCGCGAGGCAAUGAUACAGGAGCUCAGCAACUCCUCUCAUAUAUACAUGACCUUACGCUGGACGCUGCUCAGGAAUGCGUCCAUAUCAAUGAAUGCAGAGACGGUGGGAGAACACACUGUGAAGUUUGAUGACAAGGCCUUGAGGGAAGGGAUAGUCCACAUGCUCAAAGGCAAUAGCAGCAAACCUGUGCUCAUUAAUUCUUUACUGCCAAAGUUCAUCAGGGGUCCCAAAGGACCAGAGUCCAAAAUGGCAACCAGGAUGAAAGUAGACCACUCAGACCGCCCAGACCUUCAGGCGCUGGCUUUCUUCAAGCCCAUGUCAAUCAAACUUCAACAGGUCAACAGGGGUUCAGAGAAAGAGGCAGACCAGUGGUGGGUGGUGGAGGAGUGCUCCCCAGUUCUCGCCUCCUCCGACCACAAGUGUCACAGCAUAGAGAUAGUGGUGUUCAGUGACAAAGUCAGCCCCUCCAGUCUGGGCUUUCUGGCUGGACAUGGCAUCGUAGGUCUGUACAUGUCAGUAGUACUGGUCAUUGGAAAGUUUGUCAGGGAGUUCUUCAACGGGAUCUCGAGAUCCAUCAUGUUUGAGGAGCUGCCGUGUGUGGACCGGGUGCUAAAGCUCUGCACAGAUAUUUUCGUGGUCCGGGAGACGGGAGAGAUGGAGCUGGAGGAGACACUGUUUGAGAAACUCAUCUUCCUCUACCGAUCGCCUGAGACCAUGAUCAAAAUGACCAGAGAGAAGAAAGACAGCUAGGGUUUGGUGGCAUAACAUCUCUUAGUACGGGACGUCAAGAGUGAAAUGCCACCUCUGGAUGUGAACUCCCAUCAUUCAAAAUGGAUGUAUUAGAGCAAAUACAAUUUGGUGCAGUAGAGUCUUUUCAUUUUUAUUCCAACAUUAGUGCAGUUAAAAUUGGAUUUGAGGCAAAUAGAGCUACAGGCAUAACUUGUGAUUAAGAAUCCCAAUGAAGUGCCCCAUGGCACAAUAUUGAGUCCCUUUCUGACCCUGCAAAUAAUCUUGACCUCUGACCUUCAUGGAAAGGCCAAGCAGAGAUUUUUGUGUAAAGUGAAUCAGCACGCUCAUAUAAAAAUGGAUCAGUUUUCAUGAUACCAUUACAACUAUUCACAGUGACAAAAAAUACUUUUUCUGGUUUGAAUACAAGACUGAUUAUAAUUUUAAAGACUACGUACAGGCAAAUCAUACAGAAUAUCAACAAUGACAUGUUACAAUAAAGUAGAAGGUGUAACACCAAUUAAUCUGAACUUCAGUUGAACAAAUAAAAAAGUGCCUGUCAGUUAUUAUUUGCUGCUAUAGUUUAUUUGAUUUUCAGCCCACUGGGCAAUGCAUGCAUUUCUGAUGAUUUAGGUUUUUAAACUUACUAGUGUACAGUACACAUGCCAUCCUAUUCCCUGACUUACAGAAACAAUGAAAUUUCAACAAACCAUUGAUAUACUCAUGGAUCAACACACACAUACCUCUGUAAAUACUAUGUUUCUGUAUAUGACUAUGUAGACUACUGCACUGAUUAAUUUAUACCAAAAUAAAAAUUGUUGUUACAGACAAA